AUGGAGUAUCGUCGACGUCUCAUUCGUAUGCAAUUCAAGCGUGCAGUCGCCUACACUUUGUUGGCCGCCGGUCUUGUGUGGUUCAUGUCAGUUGAAGUAUUACACAGUGGCUUCUCCUCUAGCACCUACCUUGGUGACAGCGCAUGCAAUAAUCGAGAGCACCAUGGAGAGACAACGCCUUCUGUCCUGACCGGUCCGCCCCAUGGAAAUACUUCUUCUCCGUUGGCACCGUCGAGUGCGAUUGACACGUUUGCGGGCUACAAAUACAGAAACCACACGGCGUGCCAGAUAAGCUCGCUGGACCUUCACUUGCCUUCGUCGGCCGUGUGUCGAAACCGAACGGCUCUCUUGCAAGCCUUUUCUGGCGGCGGCAGAAUCGGGCUUGAUCGGCCCUACUUCCCCCUGGGCUGUGACAUACGCUGGUUCACCACCGAAGAGGCGUGCCAGAUCCUCUCACGCUUCGAGAAGGUGAUUGUCAUUGGCGACAGCAUGAUGAGACACGUAGUGGGCGCAAUGAACGUGCUCCUUCGUCGGGACCUUGGCUACGGCGCCGUCACAAACUGGAACUUUAACGAGGAGGAACUGAGAGACUGCUUCUGCAACCACCAGAUGGACGUCAAGUCCUGUUCGGUCCAGGGGAUUUUUUCCACAUCUUCUGUUCUCGAACACGACCCUUCGAGUCUAGCGUGUCCGCCCAACCAGCCCGUCGACCUGGUCAUCGAAAUGAUGCUCAAGUAUCCCCUGGACCCAGAGGAACUGGCGCGGUUCCGAGACCUGCUGUCCCCCCGAAAACCACACAAGCCAUACGCGUUCGUGUUCGGCCACGGCCUCUGGAACGACCUCGACCUCAAAGCGAGCAUGCACUGGCUGGACGGCAUUCUGGAAGAAACAAUCAAACAAUCGCCUUACUAUACUCGCUACGCGAGCGGUUCGGGGCCCCCGUUCUGGCCACGGCUGUUUGUCACGCCCAACGCCGCCGGGCCACAGAAACCAGACCAGUGGCUCGUGAGUCAGGGAAACAAAGCCCUGAUGGUGUUUGAAGAGAGCGUCCACGUCGAAGCCGGCAAGCGCGGCGUCGAGACCCUGGGAACGUGGAAUAUGAGUAUCCAGGCGACAAAGUACGACGGUGUCCACUUGGACCUGAAGGGGAAUCUGAUCAAGGCCAUGGGCGUGUUGAACUGGUUGUCCAUGCUGGACAUUGACGCUUGGUGA